CUGCCCUGGGAGCAGGCUGAGCUGAGAGAGGAGCAGGGCAGCAGCGCUGACUGCCUGGACCUCUGCUCCCAGCGGGCCUGCAGCUGAGCCCUUCCCAGAGGAGGACAAGGGCAGGGGGACCAUGCAGCCCCCCUCAGCCUGUGCCUGCAGAGGGUGCAUCCCCUGGCAGGGGAUCCUGCUGGCAGUCUCACUUUUAACCUUCUGGAGCCCGCACCCCACUGCCCAACUCACUAUUCAACCAGUGCCUGUUGAUGCUGCUGAAGGGACAGAUGUUCUUCUACUUGCUCACCAUGGGUCAGAGAAUCUUGUAGGCUACACCUGGUUCAAAGGGAACAUGACAGACAGCAGACAUCGUAUUGUGUCAUACUUGAACGUCGCACAGAUACCUAUCCCAGGGACUGCCUUCAGUGGUCGAGAGACUAUAUACCCCAAUGGGUCCCUGCUGUUUGUGAACGUGACACAGGAGGACACAGGAUUCUACACCCUACAAACCAUAAGAAAGAAUUUUAGUAAUGAAGUAGCAACUGGGGAGUUCCGCGUCCAUGAGCUUGUGACCCAGCCCACCAUCCAGGCCACCAACACAGCACCAGGCUCUGUGGUCAUGACCUGCCUCUCAGAUGACUCUGGAAUCUCCAUCAUGUGGAUCUUCAAUAGCCGAACUCUGCAGUUCACAGAGAGGAUGCAGCUGUCCCAGGACCACAGGACCCUCAGCAUAGACCCCGUCAGACAGGAGGAUGACGGGGAGUAUCAGUGUGAGGUCUCCAACGCCGUCAGUUCCAGCAGGAGUGACCCCUUCAGACUGGCUGUGAUCUCAGAAGAGAAGACCUCAGGCCUCUCCGUGGGUGCCAUUGCUGGCAUCGUUACCGGGGUCCUGGUUGGGGUGGCUCUGGUGGCUGCCCUGGGGUGUUUCCUGCUCCACACAAGAACUGGAAGGACCAGUGUCCAGCAUGGCCACAGAGGGCGCCACACCCCAGCAUCAACACCUGGGUCCUUGGCUCACUGGACCACUCAAAAGCACAGGGUCUCUCCCAGGACAUGCUGUCUCACCAAGCAUCUGAAAACAGAGGACCCCCGGCACCUCCUGCAGCAGGGGCCCAGCCCUCCUCACACCCUCCUUAACUCUUGUCUCUGCCCUCAGGCCAAGGUUCCUCUGAUGGCUUCACCUCCCUGGCCCCUCUCCCUGGUCACAGCAAUGCUGUUCCCAUCUACCAGCUGGAGCCGCUCAGUCCCCUGUGACCCUCCCCUGGACAGGUGCCUUGUGCUCUGGGUUCCUGAACACCUGCCUCCACCUCAUGCCAACUUCAGGUCAAUGACAGUCUCCCAGUUGUGACAUCCUCACCCAAGGCAGGUGUCUGAGCCGACUCCCCUGGUGAGACGCCUGAGGCUUCAGGCCUCUCCUCCUCCCUAGGGGAGCGGGACCACAGGCUGCCUCUGACACCAGCCCUUAGCCCAGACCACAGCUUCAGGUCCUCCCUGACCCACCCCAGGGAGAGGCACUGGUCACUAGCAGCCACUAGGCAAUGCCACUGCCCAGGAAAGACCCAGGCCCAUCCCUCCUCCCACCUGUGAAAGGGACGGACAGGUAGGACACCCCUGGCCUCCCCACCCGGCCAGAAGGUCCUCCCGGCUCCUGUCCACCCAGGCCAGCUGCAGCAGGAUGACCACCACCUUGCUCUCCCUGUGAUGGCAGGUCCUGCAUUUGCAGGGUUGCCUGGGAUGCCCUCCACCCCUCAGGGACAUGCCUGUGCCCCUGCCUCAGCCCCACUCCCCAGCCUCCUGCUCCCCUCCCCCUCCACCGAGGCUCACAGAGAGGGGACAGCCCUCCUAGCCCUGUCCCUGCUCACUGCCAGCCUUGCGUGCUCAUCCCAAGGCCUGCAGGUGUCACCUGUGCUCAGGUCGGGUAACCUGUGGGAGAGGCAGAAAGGAAAAGCCUCCCACCAGCCCUCGACUCUCAGAAGGGGAAAAUAAACAGAAAACAACUCUCACCGAAAGUCAGAAGGCAAGAGAGUCCCUUGGAUUCCUAAUAGGGCACCACCUUGUCCAUGAACAUAUUCAAGAGACACCUUGCAUGGUCCUUCCUUUCACACUUCAGACCGAUGGCCUCCGGAGGCCGCCCCUCCCUGGUGCAAAGUCCUCCCACCUCUGGGCAGGAGGCACAGGA